AUGUAUCAGAUAUUUUCGCUGCUGAUGCAGCCUGGACCCUUUUGCCGCCAUAGCUUUGUGUUGGAAGUGAAGAGCAGAACCUUCACACCCACCAUCUCCAGGGAUCAUCAUCACCACCCACCAUCACCACCCUGCAUCACCACCCAUCAUCACCACCCACCAUCACCAGCCUCCAUCACUACCCAUAAUCACCACCCACCAUCACCACCCAUCAUCACCACCCAUCAUCUCCAGGGAUCAUCAUCACCACCCACCAUCACCACCCACCAUCACCACCCACCAUCACCAGCCUCAAUCACCACCCAUCAUCAGCAGCCUCUAUCACCACCCAUCAUCACCAGCCUCCAUCACCACCCAUCAUCACCAGCCUCUAUCACCACCCAUCAUCACCACCCAUCAUCACCACCCAUCAUCACCACCCUCCAUCACCACCCACCAUCACCACCCUCCAUCACCACCCAUCAUCACCAGCCUCCAUCACCACCCAUCAUCACCACCCAUCAUCACCACCCACCAUCACUACCCAUCAUCACCAGCCUCCAUCACCACCCAUCAUCACCACCCACCAUCAUCACCCACCAUCACCAGCCUCCAUCACCACCCAUCAUCACCACCCAUCAUCACCAUCCACCAUCACCACCCACCAUCACCAGCCUCCAUCACCACCCAUCACCACCACCCAUCAUCACCACCCACCAUCACCAGCCUCCAUCCCCACCCAUCAUCACCACCCAUCAUCACCACCCACCAUCACCAGCCUCCAUCACCACCCAUCAUCACCACCCACCAUCACCACUGCAUCACAGUUACGUCCAGGAUGGCACAGGCAGUUUCCAGGAUUUCCCCAAACCAGUAACCUUCAACUACCUGCUUCAUGGUCCUACCUGUCACAGACCGUCAUAUGAGGACCAAACUGAUGGAUGCGACCACCAGAGCUGCCUCGAGUGA